UUUGCUCCGUUUUGCAUCAUUUUCGAAUAAUUCUAUUUUGUUAUCCAUAAUUGGCUGUCGUUGAACAAUGUCUUCACCAAUAAUUGCUGACUAUAAAACGGUAUCUCAAGUGACAGAUUAUAUCCGGACAUUGACCUGCAUCACACCAGAUGUUGGGAUCAUUUGCGGAAGUGGUUUGGGAAAAUUAGUUGAUGAUCUACAAGAAGUGGAGACAAUCCCAUAUAAAGAGAUACCUAACUUUCCCCAAACAAGCGUUGAAGGGCAUGUUGGAAAUCUAGUUUUUGGACGCCUUAGUGGAUGCAGAGUAGUUGUCAUGCAAGGGCGAUUUCAUAUGUAUGAGGGUUAUACAAACCAUGAGAUCGCUCUUCCUGUUCGGGUUUUAAAGCUGCUAGGUGUUAAAGUUCUCAUCACUACUAAUCUUGCUGGUGGAAUUAAUAGAAAAUAUAAAGCUGGAGAUUUCGUAAUCCUAAAAGGUCAUGUCAACUUCCCUGGACUAGGGCUAAAUAAUGUUCUAGUUGGACCGAAUCAAAAUGAAUUUGGUCCAAGGUUUCCAGAGCUUUCAAAGGCUUACACACAUCAUUUACGACAACUGGCUUUAGAUAUAGCUCGGGAGAAGAAUUUUCAUGAAUUGGUUCAUGAAGGUGUUUUUGCUUUUAAUGGGGGGCCCACAUAUGAAACUCCUGAUGAAUGCAAUAUGUUACUUAGAAUCGGUGUGAUGUUGUCGGUAUGAGUACUGUCCCUGAAGUGAUCGUUGCAUGUCAUUGUGGUAUAAAGGUGUUAUCAAUCUCUUUAAUAGCAAACAAUAGUAUUUUGGAUUCUGAAAAUGAUUCCAGCAUAAAUCAUGAAGAGGUUUUAGCCAUAGCAGCUAAACGUGCAGAUUUGUUAAGGGAGUGGAUAAAAGAAAUCGUCGCCAGAAUUGAGUUUUAAUCAAUUUAAAGUUUACUGUAGUUAUUUAUCACGACAGCUUUUUUAGAAUAUAGAUGAAAUGUCAAACGACUUGUUCUUACUGAUAUUAUUAACAGAA